UCCCUUCUUCCACAGUGAUUCAGGGCUGUCCCGACCACACACACACUGACACACACUGAAGGCUUAGCGCGGUAGAUCCAGCGAGCUGCUGCCCCGCUGCGGGCCGGUCCGUCGGGGAACGAUGUGGGUUUGGUACUUUCUGCUCGGUUCGGGUUCGGGAUCAGUCGAUUGCCAGCUUCUUCCUGGAAAUAACUUUACGACGGAGUGCAACAUUCCUGGAAACUUUAUGUGCGGGGAUGGCGAAUGUGUUCCUGGAGGUUGGCAGUGUGACGGCUUUCCAGACUGCGUCGACAAGAGUGACGAGAAGGGUUGCCUGAAGAUGAAGUCAAAGUGUGCGCCCACAUUCUUUGCUUGUGCAAACGGGGUCCACUGCAUUAUUGGCCGCUUCCAGUGUAACGGCUUCAGGGACUGUCCUGACGGCAGCGAUGAAGACAACUGCACUGCUAACCCUCUGGUGUGUUCAUCCGCUCGCUUCCACUGUCGCAACGGCCGCUGUGUGGAUCGCAGUUUCCUCUGCAAUGGACAGGAUAACUGUCAAGAUAACAGCGAUGAAGAGAACUGCCUUACAACAGCAGAAUACGACGCUGUGACCCUGGACUAUCGCCUGCACUAUUACCCCAGUGUCGCGUACGCCGUGAUGGGCAGCGCCGUGAUCUUUGUGCUGGUGGUGGCCCUGCUGGCCCUCGCCCUCCACCAUCAGAGGAAGAGAAGUGUCCUGCUGACACACCGACCCCUCCUGCUGUCCCGGCUCGUCAUAGUGGACAGAGGAGGCCGUGACCUUUCACCCCAGUGUCCGUCCCCGCCAGUCCACCGUCUCCAGCUGCUCUCUCCUUCACCGUAUCCCAGAGCUGCCGUAGACUGUCCUCCAACAUACUCGCAGGCUGUGCUGGACGUCGGCCGGCCGUCAUGGUUUGACCUCCCGCCUCCUCCUUACCCUCCAGAGCCUGAGAGAGAACCCCCGGUCUAUGAAUCAGCAGACGCGUCUCAAACCUGGACUCAGCGGCCCGCGCUGUAAACCCAGAGGACGGGGACGGGGAUCUGUGCCGAGUGUUCAGACCAAGGGGGUAAUCCAUCCACCGGAAGAUGAAGCCUCGCGGGAGCCGCCAUCUUGUAGCAGAACUUCACUUGCGUUA